GCACACCGGAACCACGCUACUGGGACUAAGAGGGACUAACCCCAGGUUCUCGAAGAGGUUUCCUUGACUAGCUAUUAAAGAUGAGAUGGUAGACGAACUUUCCGCCAUCUGACUAUCACUUCGACCAGGCUCAGGGUACCUCUAUCCAUCCUCCCUGAAGUCGACAGCAACCACACGGCAGGGACGGGACAGUGACACCCAAAACACGACAUGGCCAACACGCCGGGUGAGGCCCGUCCGGCGGAACAGACCGUCGAUGAUGAGCCCAUCGUGGUGAGCUCGUCCACCGAAAAGCCGACCCGCUCCCUCUGGCUGGCCUGGCUGUACAUCUUCGACUGGUAUCCCAGCCACUACUCGACCGAGGAGAAGCGUCUUCUUCGCAAGCAAGACAGUGUCAUUCUGACUCUAUGUUGCUUGAUGUUCUUUUUGAAAUGGCUGGACCAAUCCAACAUCAACACAGCCUACGUAUCCGGUAUGGAGGAGGAACUGAACAUCAGGGGCAACGAGUACUCGCUCUUUGGCACUUUCUACAACAUCGGCUACCUGAUCUUUGAAAUCCCCUCCAUGAUGAUCGUCUCGCGGCCCAAGCUGACGCGCUGGUACCUCCCGACCAUGGAGACGGCCUGGUCGGUUCUUACGUUCGCCCAGUGCCGGCUGUCGAGCGUGCCCCAGAUCUACGGCCUCCGGUUCCUGCUCGGCGUGCUCGAGACGCCUGCCGCCACGGGCUCUAUCUACAUCCUUACCAGCUGGUACCGCGCCGACGAGCUCUUCAAGCGUGCCGGCGUCUGGUACAUCUCGUCCAACGCCGGCGCCAUGUUCGGCGCCUAUCUGCAGGCGGCCGCCCACAGGAACCUCAACGGCGUCGGCGGCAUGUCGGGCUGGCGCUGGUUGUUUAUUAUCGACGGUGUCAUCUCCCUACCUAUCUCCCUCGCCGGCUACUUCUUCUUCCCGGGCCUACCUUCCAGCCCGCGCAUCUGGUGGCUCACGGAGCGGGAGCAGAAGCUCGCCCAGGCACGCAUGCGCGCCGACGGCGUCAAGGAGAGCGCUAAAAUCGGCAAGCGCAUGCUGAGACGCGUGUUUACCCACUGGCACUUUUACAUUGCCGUGCUUACCUAUAUCUUGUUUCAGUGCACGACCUAUGUCGCCGGUCAAAUGACGCUGUGGCUAAAGGCCGAGGGCUACUCGGUCGAGGAUAUCAACAUCUACUCGACUGGAGUCCAGGGCACAGCCAUCGCCAUCGGCAUCAUUGCCACGAACCUCGUCAUGGUCUACCCCAUCUGGGUCAUCUUCUCCCUCAUUGCGGGCACGCUGCUCUUCUGCAAUGUUUGCCUCCUCAUCUGGAACAUCCCGCUCGGGCUACACUUCGCCGUUUACUACCUGCUCGGGUGCACAUCUGCCGUCACGCCAAUCCUAUUCCCAUGGGUCAAUGUUAUCAUGAAGGAUGACAGCGAGGCCAGGGCUUUCACUACGGGCGCUAUGAUGACCUUUGGCUGGGUCUUCUUCUCGUUUUAUCCCAUCACCGUGUUCCCCAGACUUGAAGCACCGCAAUGGCGCAAGGGCUACACAGUCAAUACCGUCUUCACAUGUUGCUACUGGACUCUCUUUAUUAUUGGACAGCUACUCUGGAUGCGUGACCGGAAGAAGAACAAGUAUGUUGUCGAGGGCAGCGACGAAGCAGAGAAGCUGCGGCUCGAGGAGAAGGUGCGGAGUGCUGCCGCCCAACACGUAGAGGACGCUCCUGUGAGUAUCGACAGGAACUGAAUCAUGAUCAUGAUGGACGGACUGGCCUAAAGUUCCGGUGGGGUGGCUGGAUGUAGCAUCAGGGACUUGGGGAGGACGAAUAUGGCGACUUCAAAUAUCAUGUUUUGUCGGCAACUGUACCUUAAUCGCCUUGCUACGUUUUUGCCUUUAUAAUUCAAG